GCCCGUCAAACCUCCAAUUGAUUCUCGUGUUAGAUAUCAGGUAGGCACCUUGCUCUUUGACUCAAGUCCUACGGUCCCCCAUAUCGGGUGCGCAUCUAGAUCGGCCUUAACAAUGUCCUUUACACCGUCUAUCGGAGAUGUGGUCAUGAUGGCCCAGAUUGCAUGGAAACUUGCCCAGGCAUUCACCAAAGGUCGCAAAUCUGCCCCCGCCGAGUUCUGCGAGGUUGAAAAUCAGUUAUAUUCACUCAGCGCAGCCUUAGAGGCUAUAAGGGGGGCUCAAGAAAGAGGUGACCUCGAAAUUGGACACAUCAAUCCCAAAUCGAUCUCAUCUGCAGGCAAAGAUGAAUCACACAGCGAAAACACGGUGAAAAAUAUCCUUCAAAAUUGCCUGAAAACAUUAACGCACCUUGAGAAUAUAGUGAAGAAAUAUAGUGUGAUUCGUCAACCGACCACAUCUUCUCAUGGAAUCGGUAAUUGGAGCCAACACGUGGCUAGGAACUGGAGGAAGAUUGAGUGGACGACUGAGAAAGGGGACCUAAAUGCUCUCAGGGGUCAAAUCAUGAUCCACACUAACAGUCUUAACCUCUUGCUCGGGGUUGCUACGAGUUCUCAAGCAGCUGGGAUCCGGAAGUCUGUUGAGACAUCCUCUGCUAUGAUCAAAGAGCUGUACGAAUGGUACGAGGAUAAUGUCAAAGGCUUAAAGAUAGUUGGGAAUAGCGAGUCGGUCCCAAGCCCGCCAGCCUACAUGCCCACCGAGGCAUCCCAUACAUUCGAACUUUCCAUUCGGACGGCUCGAGGGAAAGAGAUAGUUUGCCCUCGAGCUUAUUUUAACCGUGACUGGGAUCAGAUUUCUUUUACUGACAGUAUGUAUUCGGAUGUGGAGCCUAUGUUAGCUUGCGCAUGUCGAAAUCAUGGCAACCAGGGGCUACACCAGCCUGCAGUGCAACGAUAUACGCUGUCUCGUAUCACUUUCCCUGCACGACUUGCGGGUGAAAGGCGGUCCUGGAUUCUCUUCAAGAUUUCUGACAAAGUUACCAAUCAGCUUGUAACUCUGUACAUUACCGCAAUUCACCGUAGCUACAUCCAAACAUUAGAAGAAGCGAUUCUCCAGGAUCUCGCUAUUCGACGAGCAGAUGCAAUUCUGGAACAAGGCUCCGGCAAUGGCCUUUGUUAUCUAUCAGCUGACACUGGAGAGGAACGUGUUAUUGCUUCAAUCGGAGAACUUCGAACUGCGCAGAAGUCAAUCGAAUCCAUCACCUUCAACUAUGGUGGUCGUACUUACUCUCGUAAAUAUGUCGACAAUUUCCAGAUCUUGCAGUAUCAGACCUUAAGCCUAGACUCGUUGACAAAAGGAAUUCAGGAAGAACCAUUGAAACCUCUAGAUUAUGCAGAGGUCUUUAUUACCUAUGGUGGGCAAGACGAAGAGGCGCAGAGUGAUGUGGUUAACAACACGCUUCACUUGAAGCGAAAUACCCAAUUGAAGCUUGAUGACGGUCAUGCUCUCAUACGAAUAGAUGCCAUUGAAGCAAUAGGAACAUUGAAAGACAAGCGAACAUCGUGUCUUGGAGAUGUGGGCAUAACGGUCCAGCUUACGAGUAGACAAGCUGCGCGAGAGCUUCACGAGAGGUUGGAAGAUAUGCGAAUGGAACUGUUUAUUAGGAGUUUACAGUAUCCACGGACGGACGAGUCGGUAGCCCUUCGCUUACAGUUCGUUAACAUUACGUGCGAAUACAUGUGUAUCCCUGAUGCCAACGUGACGGUAACUAUCGACGCCCAGGGCAAGCGCAGGCUCAUCAUCGAGAGUCGGAACAAAUGCACUCUCGUGAGUCAAGUCCUUGCAGAUAACUUCUCCGACUCUCUCUCGGGAAAGCCCGAUUAUACCCGGCCGACUUAUGUUGUUCAAUACGAUGAGAGCGGCACUCGCAGCGUUUACAGAUACGAGCGUGGAUUCAGAUACUUGGAUUUGGGUGGCCAACAAGCCGACCGGAUGUUUAAACUUGCUUGGGAUACCACGUCGAUGGAGUUGCAAACUGCUGGAAUCCGCUUGGAUUGAUGGAACUGAAGGGAUCCUGUACGUGGGAAAAUAUCGAGGAUAACUGGGUACAAUUCGAGUAGGUUGGUUAAUAGAUUGACGUCUAUCAUUAGAUGAAAUAACACUAUCU